AUGUUCUCCGGCUCGAAUUCCUACCUUGGCGGCGGCAACAGCGCCCGUGGCCAGCCUCCGUUCCAACAGCAGCAACAGCAGCCGUACGGAGGGCAGCAAUAUGGCCAACCUCAACCCCAACAGCAGCCCGGCUAUGGUCAGCAGCAGCUGCAGCAACAGUACACCGGAUAUCCUCCCCAAGGCGGACUGCAGCCUCAAGCGACCGGUUUCCCAGGCCAGCAACCACAGCAGUUCCAGCAGCAACCGCAGUAUACCGGCUUCCAACAGCCACAGCCCACAGGCUUCCAACAACCUCCUCCGCAGCAAGCUCCUCAGAUCCAGGUUCAGCAGCCUCAACCCACGGGCUUCCAGCAGAAUGGCAUCCCGCCUCCACCACAGCCUCAGCGACCCCAGGCGACGGGCAUGACCAGCAACGACAUGGCCAACUCAUUCCGAGGCACAUCUUCCCAGCCAGCGCCUGCUGCCCCUGCUCCCAAGUCAGGCAGCAGAAUUCCAAACAUUCGAUUGAGCUUCAUCACGGCGCAAGAUCAAGCCAAGUUCGAACAACUAUUCAAGAGCGCGACAUCGGGCGAGCAAGCGUUGAGUGGAGAGAAGGCAAAGGACUUACUCUUGAGGAGUAAGCUCGAUGGCAAUAGCUUGGCGCAGAUAUGGACGUUAUCGGAUACCACAAAGUCUGGGCAGCUGCUGUUCCCAGAAUUCGCACUCGCUAUGUACCUGUGCAAUCUCAGACUCACAGGCAAGGACAUGCCACCUUCGCUGCCUGAGAAGAUUCGCAAUGAGGUUUCGAGCAUGGUCGACAUCAUCUCGUUUGGUGUUGAGGAUAACGCGCCCCCAUCCGCUCCCACUAGCAAUGCGCCGAACUUCAGCGAACCACCCAAGAUUCAGCAACCACAGGCGCAGAACCCGAAUAAUCAGCAACUUCUCAGCCAGCUCACGGCGCAGCCUACGGGCUUCCAGGUGCCGCAAGUGACGGGAUAUCAACAGCCUCAGCCGACCGGCCUGCAGCCACAGCAGACUGGAUUCCCAGGUGGAAUGCCCCAAGCGCAAGGCUACACUGGACCGCGUCCUCCAAUGCCCCCAAUGCCAACUGGGAUGGGCCAGAACCAGGGUCAAGGUCUGUCUCCGAACUAUGGUCUUACUCCUCAGCAGACCGGUAUGCCAAUGGCAGCUCCCUUGAACGCUCAACCUACAGGAGCACCUGGUCAAUGGGGUCUGGUCAACGCACCAGCAAGUGGGUUGCCUAAUCUUCAGGCACUUCAGCAACAGAUGAUGCCUCAGCCAGGAAGAGAGUCGGGGUUCAGUGCUCAAGGGCUUCGAGGAAAUGCGACUGUGCCAUGGGCUGUUACAAAAGACGAGAAGAAGAUCUAUGAUGAUAUGUUCAAGGCUUGGGAUGGCUUUGGUAAAGGAUACAUUACUGGCAAUCAAGCGAUUGAGAUCUUCAGCCAGUCAGGUCUUGACAAGCCUGAAUUGGAGCGCAUUUGGACAUUGAGCGAUCCACACAACAAGGGCCGAUUGAACCUCGACGAGUUCGCGGUCGCCAUGCAUUUGAUUUAUCGUCGCCUGAAUGGCUACCCUGUACCAAACCAGCUCCCGCCUGAGCUCAUCCCACCCUCGACUCGCAACAUCGAUUCCAGCAUCGGCACGAUGAAGAACCUACUCAGCCAGGACGCGCAAUCACGAAAAUCGACCGGCGCAUUCCUGCAGCCUCAAAAGACCGGAGUCAGCUACCUCAAGUCUCACUCUUUCCGAGCGAACGGAGCUCCAGACGGCAGCCGUAAGGACGCUACAGUCUUCAAGAACAAUGACGACGACGUUGGAUACCGCUCCUCUGCCAGGCGAAGAGUUGGCGAAAAUGGACGAAGCUCAUCCCCUGCUCUCAGCGACACUAGCAGUGCCACUGCAGACGAGAUGAGCAUUGAUCAGUUGAAGAAAGUCAUCAGGGAGAAGCAGGUCUUGCUCGACGCAAUGGACUUUGAGGAUGAGGGUAGACAAGAUGAGGAGGAUGCGCUAGAUCGCAAAGACCGAAAGGAAAGCGAGGACCUGUUCAGACGAAUUCAAAGAAUACAGGAAGACAUCGACAGCCAUCCAAGCAGCGCUUUCAAGAGCGGGGAUUCUGACGCUGAACGACGUUCUCUGCAGAGACAGCUGCGCGGAUUGCAGGAUCGUUUGCCAGAGCUCGCUAGCCAUGUGCGACGAUGUGAGCGGGCUAUUGCAGAUGCACAGUUGGAACUCUUUAGGCUGAAAGACGCCAAAGCGAAUCCAGGAUCAUCCGCUGCGAUCGUGGGCACUGGACCUGGUGGGGCCGUUACUGAGAGCGAUCGUCUGAAGGCUCGAGCCAAAGCUAUGAUGCAGCAACGCUCGGCAGCUCUGACCGGAAAGAAAGUGGAAGUUGCGGAUGAUGGUACUGCGGCGGCGCGAAGGCUGGAAGAAGAGAACAAACGUGUGUCCCGAGAGCGUGAAGACAACGAGAAGAUGGUCCGUGAUGUUGAGGAGAGCGUGACUGAGUACAGCAAGGGUCUUGAAUCGAACCUCAAAGAAGGCGCCGAGUCGGCUUCAGAUGAACACGAGCGACGUAGAUGGGAAGAUGGUCUUGGGGUCGAAGACGAGAUCAAAGACUUCAUCUUCGAUCUACAAAGAAGCUCAAGGUCCGCUCGAGUUCGCAACGAAGAGCGGGCACCUGUUCGACCGCGAGCUCCAGAACCAGCCGAGGACCCCAGCCGCAUCAACUCGCCAGUGUCUCGUACUGACAGCCCAGCAUCGAGCCGACCAGCGGCAUCUACACCUCAGACUUCCGGUUCAUCCUACUCUAGCUACAAGACGGCUGAAGAGCGUGCAGCUUUCAUCAAACAGCAGGCAGAGCAGCGCAUGGCCGAGCGUCUUGCUGCACUUGGGCUCAAGGCUCCAUCUAAGGGUGGCGAGACAGCAGCUCAGCGUGCUGACCGCGAGCGCAAGGAGCGUGAAGACAAGCUGAGGCUGGCCGAGGAAGAAGAUGCGAAGCGUGAGCAGGAACGUCAAGCCAGACUGCAAGGCGAGUCUAUCGCUCCACCAGCACCAGCUGCUUCUGCUGGCAAGCCAAAACCGCCGCCACCGAGGAAGAACAGGAGCGAGAGUGUCCAGAGUGAUCAGGCGCAAGCUGAAGCCAAGCGAGCAGAACACGAAAUCAAGGAACAGGCUUUGAGAGAACAGGAAGAGGCUAUGGCUAAGGAGACAAAGCAGAUGGAGAACGAAGAGGCACGGCAAGAGCGCGAAUUACAAAAGCAACGUGAAGAAGCCGAAGCAUCCCUUCGAGCACUUGAAGAGCAGGUCAAGGCAGGCAAGGUCAAGAAAGCCGAGGAAAAGAAGAAACGAGAGGCUGCCAAGAAGGAACAGCAGGAGAAGGAGUCUCGAUUGGCAGCACAGAGAGCCGAGAUCGAGGCUGCUAAGGAACGUGAGAUGCAGCUCCGACUCCAGCUCGAGAGUAUGGGUGAUGACGACUCAAGCGACGACGACGAUGAGGCAGAGAACAACACACCGGCUGAAAGCACCCCGACCCAGAGCAUGGAGCUGCCAAGGGUGCAGGAGCCUCCACAUGCGCCCCCGAUACCUGAAGUAGCAGCGCCGCCACCUCCGCCAAUGCCAGACUCGACUGUCACGAGUCCAGCUGCUUCGGUGACCAGCCCUCCAUCUGAGUCUAAGAACCCCUUCUUCCGCAGCAUGAACCAACAACCCGCAUCUUCUGCGGCUUCACCAGAGGCCGACAGGAAGGUUGACACAAACCCCUUCCAUCGACUCACCAACCAGGAUGUCGCCAAGCAGCAAGCCCUGCCUGAACCGGUGGCUGCACCGAGCAGGACGAGGUCGAAGCCUGCUGAUGAGGAUGACUGGUCUGUGGUCGAAUCGUCAGAUGAUGAGGACGAGGAUGACAAGCCACAAGGAGGAAGUGCUAAGCAGCUCGCUUCAAUCCUCUUCGGAACCAUGGCACCACCACGUCCGCUAUCUGCCAUGGACAGCCCCACAACAGCAUCUGGUCCAGCUUCACCAGCGCCAGCGAGGGAUGGAGUGUCCUCGCCGCCACCACCGCCUCCGUUGCCAUCUGGCGGUGCACCGCCACCUCCUCCUAUGCCCGGCGCUGCUGCCCCUCCGCCACCCCCCAUGCCGAACUCAGGUGCCCCACCACCACCGCCUGGACCACCGCCGCCACCUUCAGGAGGUGCUCCUCCAGCAGGAGGAUUGCCAGACCGAUGUGGCUUGCUGGAGCAGAUCCAGCUUGGCAAGGGACUCAAGAAGGUGCAGACCAAGGAUCGAAGCGAGUCUUCCGUAGCGGGUCGCGUUUUGUAG